UAGCACACGGAGACAUAUUUACCAGACCAGAUGAUUUAAGAAAACAUGUUGGUAGCAGAGACUCAUUUGAAGCCAGAGAACUGUUACUGACUGACUGUCCUUCUGUCUUUUUUUGUUGUUUGUUUAUUAAGCCGUUAAAAGUCUUCUUCCUCCUCUGGAUUCAUCCUCGGCUGCUCUCUUCUCCGAGCGAUUGGAUAAUAAUCGACUGAGAGAUGGGACCUCGUACAGCAGUGGCUCCAUCUAAGGAGGCGAAGGCGGUUGCGGGAGGCGGAGGCGACAGAGGAGCCCGGCUGCGGAGCUGCAGCGACGGCAGCCAAUACAGCAAGAGACCCAACAACUUGCCCUCCUCCCCCACGCUCUACAGCCCCAAAUCAGUCCUGAAGAGACCAGUGAGCACAGAAGAGCUGCAAAGACCCGGAGGACCCUACUUCAAGAAAAUAUUUACAAUUAUGGCCGAUGCCGUGGGUUGGGGGUUUGUGGUGCGAGGAAACCGGCCGUGUCACGUCCAGGCUGUGGAGCCUUGGGGCCCAGCUGCCGCUGCUGGGAUGAAGGUUUGUCAGUUUGUGGUUUCGGUCAACGGUCUAAAUGUUCUCGAUCUGGACUACCGGGUUGUCAGCAACCUGAUCCUAACGGGACCCAGAAGCGUGGUGAUGGAGGUGAUGGAGGAGACGGACCACUGAGCAAUGACAGAAAAACACUGACGGAGAAGCUGAGAAACGGCUUUUAUGAAAACAAUUACUAAUACGUGUGUCCUGUCUGAGGAUUUUACUUCAAAGGACUGCAAGAACACAGCGAUGAAACGGGAGACAACCUUGUAUGUAAUAUAACUUUCACAUCAACCCGUGUGUUGAACGGCAGCCACAUCCGCUGAAUAGAGCUUGUUGCGUUUUGAAUAGCGCCGGAAAGUAUCGACUCUGAUCCAACGGUCUGUAGAGGUGGACUCUGGGGAGGAGAAUCUCUUGAUACCGUGCAGCAGACCAAUUAUUUUGCAAGCAGCUUCAGGCUGUUUUUCCUUUUUUUUUUUAACAGUGUGCAGUUUGGGUCUCAAACCCGUAGAGGUAGUUUGGGAGUGGUGCACUGUUAAAGCUCUUUCAUGCUUCCUGCGUUCAGCGCGGUCGGCGCAGGGCGGACGGCGAUAUGACGCAAACGCGCGGAGGGUCUGAUCGCCGAGCCGCACACCUCCAAGAUUUUUGGAACAAUGCGGACGCGGUCGUGUAGGUUACGUCACAAUGAUUGGCUACAGGAGAGAAAGAGUCCGUUCUUUGAACCGCUCUGAAAGACCAGACGGUUCGCGGUGACCAUGCGCGCCGUCCGCAGCGCGCCGUCCGCAGCGCGCCGUCCGCAGCGCACCGACCACGCUGAACGCAAAAAGCAUGAAGCAGCUUUCAGUGUGUGAGUCUGAGAAAUAUGCAAAUGUGAUUGCUAAACUGUUUUUAAAGCUGCUGAAGUCACUUCCCCACAACUAAAAAUCUAUCUGUUUCUGUAGACGUCUAUGAGAAAGUGAGCUUACUUCACACUUCAUUUAUUAUCUGAUUAAACAUUUUCAUAAUGUGUU